CAAGGGUGCUCGAUCCGCCAGCAAUGAUGAUUAAUAAUACAAAUAUCAUUACUGAAAAGGGUGAAUGGGAAACCAUUAAAUUUAACAAGGGUGCUGACCUAUAUAAUUGGUCCGUGGUUUGUUUUGAUCCUGAAUUAAAUGAGUCAGUAAUCGAGCCUGCAUUUAGACAAUUAAAAGAAAUACUAAUUUCAAAAGGAUUAAAUGUACCUCAUAUGCCAAAGAUCUUGCGGCGUAAUUGUCAUGAUUAUGAAAACUCUAUUACAAAAGCAGCCCAAGAUGCGAUAAUUGAUAACUCCAAACCUGCCCAAUUGGUUAUAUGUAUUAUUCCAAGAAAGCAUCAAGAAGAAGACGGCUUAUACGCAAACAUAAAGAGACUUUGUUAUAUAAAAUUAGGCAUUAUGAACCAAUGCAUUCUUAAGAAGAAUAUUGUGGAUAUGAGAACUCAAAGACUUGUAAACAAUAUAAAAAGUGUUCUGAGUAAUGUGGCGCUAAAAAUAAAUGGCAAACUUGAUGGUAAAAAUUCACGUUUAGCCGAUAAUUUGCUUGAUUUCAAGGCCGAAAAAGAUCAUAUGGUAUUCGCUGCAGACGUUUAUCAUCCCGGAAGCAAGGAUAAAAUAAGAGGCCGACCUAGCGUUGCUGCAGUUUGUGGAUCAAUGGAUGAUAAUGUAACAGACUAUGCUUGCCGUUAUCGUAUGAACGAAAAGCUAAGACAUGACGUUGAUAUUAUCGAAAAACUUAACGACAUGGUUAUAGAAUUGCUUGAACAACAUACAAUCAAACAAACCAAACUACCGGAUCAAAUUGUCUUCUAUCGUGAUGGUGUUGGAGAAACACAGUUUGAUACUGUUAUAAGUGAGGAAUUAGAACCCUUGCUUGAUACUCUUGAAAAUCAUUAUAAAUCUAAAGAUCUGCCGACGCCAAAAUUAACAUUUAUAAUUAUACAAAAACGACAUCAUGCUAGAUUUAAACUAAUUAAUGGCGAGAAUUGUAAAUUGGGUACCAUAAUUGAUACUGAUAUUGUUAUGAAAAAAGAAUUUAGUUUUUAUUUACAGUCCCACAUUAGUCCACGUGGAACUGCCCGUUCUGCAUAUUAUCAUGUAGUUCUAAAUCAAGGAAAUUUUUCCGCUGACGAGAUUUAUAAUUUGACAUUUAGACUUUGCUUUUUGUCUUACAGGUGCAAUCGCGCAUUAUCUCAAGUUACACCAGCUAGUUAUGCUCAUAAUAUUGCAAACCUUGCUAGGUAUUUUGUUGAAUACAAAGCGAUUGAAGAAAAUCAGGAAAAUCAGGGAAAUCGAGGAGGUCGUGGAGGCCGUGGAGGUCGAGGACGAGGAGGUCGAGGUCGAGGAGGUCGAGGUCGAGGAGGUCGAGAUCGAGGAGGUCGAGGUCGAGGACGAGGAGGUCGAGGAGGUCAAGGAGGUCAAGGAAAUAGAGAAAAUCUAGAAGGAAAUCGUGAUGAUAGAAGAAAUCGUGACAAUAAUUCAAGACCCCCUCGACCGGAAUUUGUUCAGGAUGGAAAAACGCUCGUCGCCGACUCGAAAAUUGAAAAUGAAAAAUUUUUUCUAUAA